CGGGAGCAGUCAUGUGACAGCAGCUGUCUAUAAUACAGUGUGUGCGGUGCGGGCGCUGCUGCUGUGUCGGGUCGGGUAGUGGUGUUGGGACAGAGCGGGACGAUGCAGCCGGCGCUGGUGGUGUGGGCUCUCCUCCUGUCCGUGUGUGGCCUGAGCCUAGCACAGGAUGUGCCCCCGUAUACAGAGGAUUGCAGAAAUGACUCUUACCCUCCCUCUGGACCUACAUUCAAAGGAAAUGUGCCAUGGUAUACCGUAGAUCUGGAUCAGCCACCCUCUGAAAGAUGGCAGAAGUUAGUAAGCGAUAAGAAAGAACCGCUAACAUUGCUUAUUCAGCAUAUUAAGAAACUGGCAUCAUCUUUUAGUCCAAAACUUGUUGACAUUGUGGAUACAAAACUGCCUUUCAUCAUUGGAAAACUUCCAUCCUCAUUUGGUGAAGAAAUGAAAGGUGUCGCAGAUGCAUCUGGAGUUCCACUAGGGGAGAUAAUGUUGUUUAACAUCUUCUAUGAGAUAUUCACUGUCUGCACAUCGGUCGUGGCAGAGGAUACAUCUGGGGCACUACUCCAUGCCAGAAACAUGGAUUUUGGAUUAUUUCUUGGCUGGGAUGUGAAGAACAAUUCCUGGAUGGUCACUGAGCUGCUCCAGCCUCUGGUCGUCAAUGUGAAAUUCCUGAAAAAUAAUGGAACCAUUUUCAUGGCUACGAGCUUUGCCGGAUACAUUGGGAUAUUAACAGGAUUGAAGCCUGGGGUCCUGACUCUGACCAUGAAUGAGCGCUUCAGCCUUGAUGGAGGGUACAUCGGGGUGUUGGAGUGGAUCAUUGGAAUAAGACAUGGGGCUUGGAUGAGUUUUCUCACAAGAAGCGUACUUGAGAACGCGACCAGUUAUGAAGAAGCUAAAAACCUUCUAUCAAAAACAGAGAUGCUUGCCCCAGCGUAUUUCAUACUGGGAGGUAAUAAGACCGGAGAGGCCUGUGUAAUCACGCGCGCCAGGAAGUCCUGCGUCGAUACUUGGGAGCUUGGCACUCAGAAAGGUGAGUGGUAUGUCCUAGAGACAAACUAUGACCACUGGAAGCCUCCGCUGCCCAUUGAUAACAGAAGAGCACCAGCCAUGAAGUGCAUGAAUAGAAUUGGCCAAAAGAAUAUAUCAUUUGCAACAAUCUAUGAUGUGCUUUCCACCAAGCCUGUCCUUAAUAAGCUUACCACAUACACAACAAUGAUGUCCGUUUCUGAAGGCAAGUUGGAGACUUAUCUCCGGGACUGCCCAGAUCCCUGCGUACCUUGGUGAAGAGGAUACGUGUGAUGGCAGCGGGCCUGCAUCCCAGAACCCCCUUCGCAUUUACCACAGAAGUACAGGGAAUCCCACCGGUGGAACUGCUUGUGUUGGAUGGAUUAUUGGUUAUCUGGAGGCAGCUCUUGUGAUUCUGUUCUUGGCAAACUGAACUAAUGAAAGCUUUGUGGGGGUCUCUCUAAUAAUUGUCCCCCUACUAAAACUUUAUUUUUUUAAGUAAAUGAUCUUUAUUACAAUCCGAAUACAGAAAACUGAGUAAAAAUACUAAUGUACAAGAAAUACAGUGAUCUUGUUCUAACAA